CAUCUCCUGUAAGCCAAGCAGUUCCAAGCGGGGCCAUAAAGCUACUCCCAAGCUAUCUGUCCUGCCUGGCUACGGAUGGCAUAUGGAAGGGGUGAAGAUCCCUUCCCAUCCUCUCUUUCCUCACCAUCUCCUGCCAGUUAGCCCCUUCGGAAACGUCUAACUUUCUGCCCUUUACUUCUUUCCAUUCCUCCCUGUGCUCAGUUUCCCCUUUCUUCUUCAUCUUCUUCUUUUAAUCCCUCUCUGUGCUUGCUCCCCUCCUCUCUUUCUCCCCCUCGAAAGGCUGAGAAAAGGAGGGUGGUGGAGGAGGAGGAUGAAACCCCAGUCUGAAGAUGUUGACUACUUCCCCUCUGCAGCACCACCACCACCACCACAGGCCCUCCUCCUUUAUUGGAUACUAGCGGGUCCUCAAAGGCUCCCAGGCUGUAAUUAGAGGGUGGAUCCUGUAAAGCAGAGGAGCUCUCUCUCUCUCUCCCCCCCCCGUCUCUUCCAGCCCGCUCUCUCUGUCUUGCGCGCUCUCUCUCUUUCAAAACUCUGCAGCAAACCCCUCAGGCUGGGACAGCGAUGGCAUCGCCACUGCUUGAGGUAAUCUCCGUCUUGUGCGUGGUCAGGGGCCCUAAAGAGCCCUGACUUGAAGCAAUCUGGAGCUUUUGUCAGACCAGGUGGAAAGUAAAGUCAAAACCUCAAGGAACUGAGAAAAGAAGACGCUUACUAUGGCUCCAGCCCUCUGGGGAUGUUGAUGGACACUUGCAGUAAAUUUGGAAGUUCUAGUCCAACCUUGGAUUCACACCCUCCUGGAAAAGCCAAGAACAGUUUGGGGAAGAAACCUUAUCUUCUGGGUGUGGAGCCUUUUGCUCAAAAAAUCUGGAGCACUGACGGCAUGGGAGAUUCCUAUACGGCCACCUUCCCCAAUGGGAAUGGACUGAUGUCUCCUUCAGCAAGCCCUCAAGCUUCCACCACUUACAGCAAUGAUUACAGCCCCUUCUCCCAUUCCUUCCCAGCCUCACCCACAUCUCAAGAUCCAUCAUCGCUGCUGGUAUCCAAGGGGCACCCAUCCCCUGACUGCCUCCCCAGUGUCUACACUUCUUUGGACAUGGCACACCCUUAUGGCUCCUGGUACAAAGCAGGCAUCCACCCGGGCAUCUCCACCAGCUCCAGUAACCCCACAGCUUCCUGGUGGGAUGUACACUCCAGUAGCAACUGGCUGAGCUCUCAGCCCCAGUCAGAUGGACUCCAGAGCUCCUUGCAGUCCAUGCCUAGCCAGGCUCCCAUCAGCCCUCAGUUGCCCAGUUAUACUUCUGAAUUUACUACAUUGAACCCUGCUCCAUACCCUCCUGUGGGCAUCACUUCCUCGUCACACCUUCUCCCUUCAGGACAACAUGUGCUGCCCCAAGAGAUGUACAAGCCCAAGCCAGUGGCCAACAACUCCCUGAUGGAAGGUGGGAUUGGGCUGAAGUCCGGAAGAGGUGGCUCCUUUGGGAACACAGCAGGCAGGUCAACCUGCGACUGCCCCAAUUGCCAAGAGCUGGAGCGGCUCGGGGCUUCAGCAGCCAGCCUGCGGAAGAAGCCCAUCCACAGCUGCCACAUCCCAGGCUGUGGGAAGGUCUAUGGGAAAGCCUCACACCUGAAGGCCCACCUGCGGUGGCACACUGGGGAACGCCCCUUUGUCUGCAACUGGCUGUUCUGUGGCAAGCGUUUCACCCGCUCGGAUGAGCUGGAGCGCCACGUCCGCACCCAUACCCGGGAGAAAAAGUUCACCUGUUUACUCUGCAACAAGCGCUUCACCCGUAGUGACCACCUCAGCAAGCACCAGAAGACCCACAAUGAGAUGGGGGUAGGCAAGCCCUCUGAGGGUGAAGCAGAACGGGAAGAGGCUGCCACGGUGGCCAGUUCUCCCAGUGCGGCCUUGCAGGAUGGCCUACCUGGAGAUGAGAAAGAUGCCACCAGCCCAGAGCAGAGCAAUCUGCUGGAAAUCUAAGGCUGGGGUGUUGUUUGCUCCACUUUUUCUUUUGCCACCCCCCCCUUUUUGAACACCUGUAAGCAAAAUAAUUUAUUUCCUGGGGGAAAGCACAGUUACAGCAGCUGUUGGUGUUUCCUCCAGCCUUGGGUCAAACGUCACUUCCCUCCAACCCCUGAAGCGAACUUAGCUGAGACCUGUUCCCCCCUCCCCACAAAGGUCCAUGAUUUUGUGGCCAAAGACACAAAUAUCAGAGCUAAAAUCUUAAGUGAAGUCUCCGGCCAUUCUCUGUACUGUUACAACCAAAGCAUGUCCCUGCCUUGGCCUCUGCAUGAUCUCUUAAGAGAAUGGACAAGAAAUUUGAAACCAUGCCAACAGGUUCAUGAGCAUGCAGGGUGAGCCAGCUAGCAGGCAGGGCAGGAAUAAAGUGGGUUUUUCUCAGGGUAUGUAUAGGAAUCGCCUUUCAUCUAGUGUAACCCACUGAGCAUUCAGUUCUAAGCACCGCCCCUAACUUCUUCCAUUGAGCAGCAGUACAGCUUUGCUCAGCCGCAGGUGGAGAGAAGAGGGUGAGAGGCUUGGACCAGCUUUGAGACUAGGCCGGAGAACCUGCAUCUACAGAACAUGACCCUGGUCCAAAUCUCUUAAAGAAGCAAAUGUGAUCUCUAGCUGAGGACAUGGCAAACAGACCUUACAGGGCCAGAUUCUGAAGGGGCUCCUGUACCUUUAAGAAUGGCAAGGUGGGGUGGCUUUUCAGGUUCAUUGCAGCACUGAUGAGAAAAGCUACAGCUGGGGAAACCCUAGCUACUAGGAAGCUCUUAAAGGUACAGAACCACUGUCACCUCCUGGACGUGGCAAUUGACAGUGGGGCUACUAGGAAAUAGGACUGACUGGUGGAUCAAGAAGAAACAUAAAGCCCUUUUAUAUAUGCUUGGGAGCCAUUAGUUUGGGAUUGAUGCAUUUGUGCAGGUAAUGGGAGCUCUGCAAUUACAAUCACAUUCAGUUUAAAAUGAACCAUGUUACCGUUGGGCAGUUGGAGGCCAAGCAGCUACUUCAGAGGAUAGUUUUGAAAGGGGAUGGGUGGGCAUCCAGUUGCACAGCAAUCUCUCCAUUGCUCACACACACAAAACGAGCCCCAUCCUGCACCACUCCCUCUCCUGUCAAUGCAAGACCAGCAAGGGCCAUGCAGCCUGAAUGGCGGAGCAGUGGGAUUAAAUCACUCCAAAGAAGGCCUCUGCAUUUUGCAGGUGCCAGCUACAGCUGCGCUUCUGGUUUAGCAUGUAAAUACCAAGCCGAGAACAUGGAAACGAAAGCUGUCCGCGUUGACAGAUGUUAUAUUCAGCGUAUUGGUGGACAUGGCCCCCAUACUGUUAAGAGCGGGACUGUCAUUCUGUCGAGAGACUGGAAUACAUGGAAGUUCUAAUCUACUUUGCUACGUGCAUAGAGGUAAAGUGGGCUGGAGGGGAACCAGAGCCAGCCACUCUGUAGGAAUCAAGAAGGGGCCACGAGUUGUCCCACAAAGGUGCUACAAGACCCUUGGAUAUUCCUCCCCUUGUAUUUAAUCUAGAAGUAUAUUUAUGCCUUAAAUUAUGAUGACAAAUUAACAGAGGGAAGGAGGCAACUAGGCUCUCCAAGAGGCCUCUAUAACAUGAGGCAUCUAUUAUCUAAUCAGGGUCGUCUCUCUGUUAAUUGGGGGACCUUCUCUGUGCAAAGCAGCAUGAUCUUUAAUUUGCUCUGUUCCUUUUUUUAUUUUUGCUUCCUAUGGUGAAAAAAAUGGAGUAUUUAUAAUCUGAAAUGCUUUUUAUUUUAAGUUCUGUGCUGUUUUUAAUGACCCAUCAGGAUUUGAAAACCCCUUAUUAAUAUUAUUAGGAAUAUGGAGGCUGGUUGUCAAUUUGCUAAGCGCUCAUAUUUUUGGAAAGGAUUAACCAUCAGUGGAUGGGGAGUCACUGGCACAUGCCCCUAUUGUUUGGGGCAAGGCUUGCCUAACACAUUUGUUGCAAAGGACAGGGUGAUGCCCCCUGUUCCAUGUUCAGAAGCUGAUUUGAUUGGCAGGUGAAUAUAUACUAUACCCAGUCACCAUAUGUGCACAUACCUAAGGGCAGCAGGCUAAUUUGGGGGGUGUAGAACUGGCUGUGUGGCAUACACAGCUGACCUCCAACAGAGUGCAAUGGACAGGCUCACAAGGAGUAGCCAGAAGGCUGCCCCUGACAUAUGCCACCUGAGGCAAUAACCUCACUCUGCCUAAUGAUAGGGCUGGCCCUGAUAUUUGCAUCCCAGAAAUCCAUUUCUGUGGACUUAUAUGACUAAACUCCUUCCAUUUUCCUUUGAUCUGCCUGCUGCUCCUAUAUCCAGGGCAGGGCCACAGCAUGUAGGGGCUACACAUCACACUUGACAAGAGGCUGCCACUGAAAAUGGCAUUCCUGUUUUGCGUUUUUCCCUUCUCUCUUGCAAUAUUUUGGCAUAUUUUUUCAUAUUGUGACACUAUGUUGGGUGUUUGCUUCUGCUGGCUCCCUCCUACAUCAUUCAUUGACUGCCAGAGGAUACAUAUAAUGUGAUGAUGUCACAACACAGAGAAGCAUGCCUAAAUGUUCUGCGGUGAGUGGGGGGUGUCUGUUAUUAAGCAAUAACACCAGCUAUGGUUCAGCAUUUAUGUAAAAAGAGUCACACUGUUUCAGCAUCAAAAGGACAAAACCAGCACCCUACAUUUUGCCUGCUCAGUACCACAACUCACAUGAAAAUUCUUUUUUUUUUAACAGUUUGGAAUGUGCUUGUGUUUAAUUUAAUUAAGAAUAAAAUAUAAGCUAUGUUGGGGGGAGCUUAAAGGAACUUCAUUUUUAUGUUUGGGGAAAGCACAAUCUGGUGCUGCUGUACCACAACAAUUCAAAUAAAAUUGCACUCAUACGG